CAGACUUUUCUCAGCCCAUGACCGCGCCAACCUAUGUAUUUUCUUCUUCUCCACGGAAAGUACUCCAAGGUGGAUUUCACCAGGCAUCCAUUUGAGUCCUCAUUGUCCGUUUUCUGACUCUUUCACAAUUGGCACUUCCCAAGCCAAACCCCGCAAAAUGACAACCAACCCGAACGGGCUCGUGACGCCUCCGACCACACCACCAGCCCUCUCCAAAGCUCAGAUUCUCACCAACGUCCUGUCACUUGCAAGCCUCUUCAGCACCUGUGCCGAGGCAUUCAACCUCAUCCAUCCCCCCAAGGACUCAGAGCGUGCUCAGAAAGUCGCUCUCGCGAAGCUAGGCAUCCAGCAAGGCCGGCUCCUCAUCUGGGGCGAUGCCGUGGGCAUUUCCUCACCGCCUCCGACUAUCGCAAGGCACAUGAUCCCAAGCCACCCUGGAUUGACCAAUCCCGACCCCAACUUGCCCGUGAAUUUCGGGGUGAGAGAUGCGAGACUAGACGAGGUAGCCACGAAUCAGAAGGUGCGCGAUGCCCUAAACGAGAUCGCUGGACGUCCGGCUCAUCUCUCUCGGGAGGAUUUAAUGGAAAAGUUCGGAUUGAAGUCUCCAAAGCGCUUUUCGACACUGGAAUACCCGGCCCUAGACACCAACCGUCUUGAAGCAUUCCGCGAGAAGUAUGGAUUGCUUCAAGAUCUUGUACGACAGAGCGGCACAAGAGCUAGUCUCAAGCGAGGCAUGAGCAUAACGAUGCAGCAUUGGACGGUCCGGGAUGUUGAGAAGUUUGAUGCUUUCGUCCAAACUGUGAGGGUUGAAGUCGAUGGCUUGAUUGCGCUUCUGGGCGUGAAGGAGCAGGUUGAUCGUGGCAUGAGGACGGACAUUAGAGCUAUGGGAUGGCACCCUGAUCUUUCUGGACCGGUAGUCAGAUCAGAUUGGGAGAAACUCAAGUUGAUCCGAGAAGCCUGCGCUGAGGAUUAUCCCGAGUAUGUUGACGUUACAGAUACUGCACUGAAGUAUAUCAGCGAAGAGCUCAAAGGAACAAAUCUCGAGGGCCUGAGAAAAGCGUAUCAGCCCGAAGUAUCGAUUAGGCGCAAGUCAGAAGAAGACAAUAAAGAGAAGGCGAGUAGUACAAAGACACGGCAGAAAGAAAAGCGGCCUGGGUUCUUGUCCCGCUUUAAAUUCCAGAGCUGGAACAAGAGUGCGAAGGGUAAUCCAGAGCGGUUAAUGAGCGCCGCGAGCCCUUCUACAGAUAGCCAAGGCCCACAGCGUUCUCUUUCAGAAGAUAUUCGAAAGAGUGACCCAAAUGCGCUCGAGCCUAUGAGGUCGAAGUCACUAUCUGCCAUACCGGAUGACCCAGCUCCUUUUCAUCUAGCUUCAAGAUUGGAAAGUGUACCUACAAAUGACUCCGAUAUACAUGGAGGGAAACUAGACGUUGUAGAUGUAAAUCAACUUGAGCAUGCCGAUACUGCAAAUAGCUUGAUCGACCGACACGACAUGUAUCGGGGUGUAGGGAGGAUUGAAACGAAAGAUAUCAAAGCGAAGGCUCAUGACUGGGCGUGUUGAAUUUGAGUAUCUUGAGAACCGAGUAUCGCCUCCUACGACCUGGGUCAUCGGCCACCCGUCCCUUCGAAGUUUUGUUUACUUUCAAUUACGCUUCUUAUAUUAUAUGAGCGAGUCACUUGUGCAACUCCGCUAG